GCGAGUUUACGUGCAUUGGAAAAACGAGAUGAAAAGAAGAAUCAGUACAGAGAACGCCCAAAUGUUGUCUAUCCUCGUGGCGAUGGCGGUUCUGGCGCCGGCGGGCGUGGUGGGCGUGGCGGCUGGCGACGCCGCGCCCGUGGUGGCGGUGGCGGAGGGGCGCGUGGCGGGCGUGACGGAGACCUCCACGAAGGGCAGAGGAUUCCACGCCUACUACGGCGUCCCCUUCGCCAGGCCGCCCCUGGGGGAGCUCAGGCUCAAGGACCCGGUGAGGGCGGAGGGCUGGGAAGGCGUGCGGGACGGGUCCAAGAUGCCCCCACCUUGCCUCCAAGUGCCCUUCGAUCUCUCUGCUAUGGGCGUCGUUCUGGGCCCAGAGGAGCUGUAUGGCGAUGAGGACUGUCUCUACCUCAACGUGUUCACGCCAAAAAUGGAGGCUGUCGAGAGACUCCCGGUCAUGGUCUGGAUCCACGGGGGAGGAUUCUUCUCUGGCGGUGCCUACGAGUACCUGCCUCACGUUCUCAUGAACCACGACAUUGUGCUGGUAGUUGUGCAGUACAGACUCGGCAUCAUGGGGUUCUUGUCCACGGAGGAUGAGGUAAUGCCAGGCAACUUCGGGAUGAAGGACCAGGUCAUGGCCCUCCGCUGGGUGCAGGACAACAUCCACAGCUUUGGCGGCGACGCCGCCAGGGUCACUAUCUUUGGGGAAAGCGCGGGGGGCGCCUCCGUCCACCUGCACAUGCUGUCGCCCAAGUCAAAAGGCCUCUUCUCUCGCGCCAUCAUGCAUUCUGGGUCAGCCUUGGCGCCUUGGGCUUACAGAGAGCAGUUCAAAUCUGUGACGGAGGAAGUGUGCAAAUCUGUCGGCUGCGCAGAAGGCCUCAACAGCCAGGAGAUUCUUGCUUGUCUCCAGCAGGCGGAUGGUCGCAGGUUGGCCGCCAGUUUCCAGGAUUGUAUGAAAUGGUUCCUCUUGCCUGUGGUAGCCUUACCUCGCAAUGACGGCGAUUUCCUGCCCGAUGAUCCCGCGCGUUUGAUGCGUGACGGGGAGUUCCAUCACGUGAAUGUUAUGUCUGGCAUCACAAGAGACGAAGGGGCUCUUAUAUCACAACUACUGUUAGUCCGCGAAGACCUGUUCGACGCCCUACGAGAGAACUUCUCCGUCGUCGGCCCCAUCAGCAUGGCGAUCGGACCCGAAGUUCCAGAUCCUGUAGAAUUUAGUACCAAGGUUUACCAGCACUAUCUUGGCGACCUGACCUUUGAUCCUGACCGCAUGGAAGACCUCAUGCGGUUGAUGACAGACUACUCGUUCGCGGUGCCUCACGACCUGACGACCCUCCAUCACGCUCGGGUCUCCGGUCUUGCCACCUACCGCUAUGAGCUCAGGCACCGAGCCGAGUUGUCCUUCGGUGAUUUCUAUGAGACAGAGAAAGGGCGUCACUGGAUUCCUCAUUCUGACGACCUGCAUUACCUGUUCGCCGGCGGGCCACUCCUCGCCCCUGACUUUCUACCGGAGCGGCCAUCGGACCUGCAGAGCCAAGAGGACCUUCGGCUUAGGGACAUCAUCACAACCUUAUGGACCAACUUCGCUGCUAUGGGUAACCCGACUCCCGACGACGCCCUAGGCUUCAAGUGGGAGGCGGCGACCGAGGACGACCUCCGCUACCUCGCCCUCACGCCCUCGCCCGCCAUGGAGGCCGACCAACGACAGGAAGUACGGGAUUUCCACGCUUCUUUGCCAUCAAAAGUGAACCAAAUCCUCAAUCCUGAACGCAUCGUCUCGGGGAAGAAAUCCUCGCCACGUCCUUCCCAGGAUGAGCUGUAAUGAGUUGUAAUUCCUUUGCAUGUAGGAUUGAUUAAUUACAGACACUUUUCAUAAUAGCAGUGAAAGGCUGUGAAUUUUUUUUUUUCAAGCUAUGUAUAUAUUUCUGUAAAUUUAUUUCUUCAGAAUAUAUAUUUCUGUGAAUAUAA